AUGUUUGCACCGACACGGCAACUCUUUCAGAAGGCACAGGCAUGCCGAAUCACUCUCUUCACCCGCGAUGAGUGCGGCUUGUGCUUGCGUGCCAAAUCGGCACUCUCAAAUGUCUGGGAUCGGAGGCCAUUUGCCUUUACAGAGGUCAAUAUCACCGCACCAGAAGCGAAGAGCUGGAAGGACCUGUAUGAUUUCGAUGUGCCGGUGAUUCACAUUAGCAAAGCCGAGGCUUCUGAGGAGGACCCCAAACUCGUGGGCAAGGCCAUCAAGCUCAUGCACCGCUUCGACCCAGACCAGAUCGAGGCUAAGAUGGACCAGAUUGAGGGCAAGAAUUGA